CUUGACGCAUACUGCCUUGCCUGGUCUCGCCAACCAGCACCGCCACCAACAGCUGGGGAAGGAUUUCCGACCCACUCACAGCGAAGAUGGUGGCAGCUCCCAGAGUGGGGAGGCUCCUGUCGCCCGGAUAAGACGGAGAACCAGCUGUUCGUCUUCUGAUCCAGAACCCAACUCCGUCCGAGAGCUAAGACGAGGGAGAGAGGUGGUGGGGGGGGAAAAGGGUGGCAACCAGCCACGGAACGGACGGAAGAGGACGCACCAGCAGCCGGAGCGCGCAGCCUUGUGUUUGUUGGACACAUGCAUGCCAGCGAAAACUAGUGCUACCCAGACCUGAGGAAUUGGUUGCGAUCAGGAGAUAAGGAGUGUGUUUGUGCGUGUGUGUGUGCGUUUUUUUUUCUCCUUCCCUUUGGAUAAUCCAACCGAGGAUCACCAGGAUCCAGUGCUGCCUUGCGGAUUUUCUCUUUUCUUUGCUCCAAGGGAAUGCGAGAGGAGGAAAUCCAGCCUCAUCUCCAAAUAAGCAGAGAGACUCCUAACUGGGUCUCCGCUCCAAACGCAGGAAAUACGGCCUGGAAGGGGGAGAGUGAAAAAAAAAAAAAGAAAGUUCGGGAGGCGUUGAGAUGGGGGGGCCUUUACCAAAAUAGUUUAGCCUAAGCAAUCCUCAUGCUGCUGGGAAUAAGUUCAAGGAAAGCAUUCCCAUUUUACAUGCUGCGGGUGGUGUUAUUUGCAAGAGUUUUGAUCAUCACUAUUUAUAGCCCAGCCUGUUCCGACCCAGGCUGUUCCCCGUAGCUGCAUAUAUGUUUUCCCAACUGCGCGCAACAAGUUGCAGACACUCCCAGCAGAGGGAAAAGACAGAGUAAAAAAAAAAAAAAACUGGGGCAGUGCAUGGACAGUCUUUUUUAUAUAUAUAUAGUGCGGAUCAUGCGUGUUUGAGAGGGGAAGUGGGGGCCAGACCCUGAGCCCCUCUCUUUGGGAAAGCAAAGGGAGAAAGAGAGAGAGGGAGAGAGAAAGUGAGAGAGAGAGAGAGAGAGAGAGAGAGAGAGAGAGGGAGGGGAGGGAAUAAACAGUGGAGAUCCGGAGCGGGGAGUUCAGGAAAGGACGGGGCUGCAUCCGUGGGAAUAGGCCUGGCUGUCAGGGGGCCUUUGCUGUGUUUCGCGUCUCCAAAUAAUAAUAGUAAGAAGAAGAAGAAAAAAAACUCGCAUUUUGUUGCAAAUGUGGGGCCUGCUGCAAUAAAGAUGGCAGGAUGAUCUUUGGGAAUGGCAAAUGGAAAACCUUCGCGCACUGAGCCGUGCAUUAGAGUGGAUGCAGUGGGAGGUAAUUACAGCUCGCACACUUUUUAAUUAACUGCUUUAAGACUUUUCAUCUCUUUAAGGCUGCCGUUAUUUUUUGAUAAGCUAUUAUUUUUGCCUUAAGACAUGCCUAUAUAUAUAUAGAUAGAUAUAGCUAUAUAUGUUUUUUUUAUUCUAGCGCCGGUUGCUGCUGAUAAACAUUAUAUUUUAUAAGGGAAUGGGAGUUAAAAUGAAGCCACCGUGCAGGAUGUUGCAAUAAGAAUAUUGCAACUUUUGUAACAAACUGACGACACCUUUUUGUUUUUCUUUUUAAUUCCUCAAUCAAACAAUCCAAUUAAGGAACGACGGGAGAAACUUCAUAAUUGCACACGUUUAGUGUCAUCGGUGGCCGGUCGCGCACGUCGAAGACGAAAGGAAAUCUGUUGCACCACAAUAAUCGGUCCCUUUUUUUUUUUUUUUUUUUUUUUUUUUUCGAGAAGGAUGUUCAGUCCCGACAGACAGAAAACGCGACGAUGACAAUGUUUGCACCGCAGCAGGAGAGAGAAAGCUGGACAGCCGCCGUGGAGAGGGAUGCGUGCAGGGCGAGUGCUGACGCAAAGCCGCGGCUCAGAUAAUGGUGUGCCGUAGAAGCUGCAACGGCGCGUCUUAAUUGUCUGUCCUCCUCCUCGUCCCUGGCUUGUCUGAGCGGCACCAGAAGGAAUUACUGAUUGAUUUAACACCCCAGUGGCACCCCCCACCCUCCCUUCCCUCCCCUCCAUCCCUCCCUCCCCACCAGACUCCCAUCUCCAUCGCCUCUGCUCGUCAGCACGAGUCAACAUGGCCACUCUGCAACAUCACAGGCAGCUUCUCAUGCACAGCACGGAGGUGAGCUGCGACUCGGGCAGGGGCGAUGGCGCCAUCACGGUGCGGAUCGCCAACAACUCCACGCGGAUGCAACAGCACCAUGAGCCACUUCGGGUUGCAAGGAGUGAAGGAGGAGGAGGUGGGGGUGCCAAAGUGAACCCUGCCGUCCACAAGUACAGCAUCUCCUCCAGCUGCAGCUCAGCAGACUCCAGGCCGGUGGUGGCCUCCGCUCCCAAGGUGCAGAAGAAAGCCCCCCCACUGUUUGAACGCUCCGCUGCCCAGUGCUGGGACCCCAAGUUCGACUCGCCUGUGCUGGAGGACGCUUGUCAGGAAAGGUGCUUUCCUCAGAAGCAGAGGCGGUUCCGGUAUGUCCUCUUCUACCUGGCAGUGGCCUCUCUGCUCUGGGGGGUGUACUUCUGGGUGAACGGUGCCCACUGCCACCCCGUGACCUUCCUAGCCCCCACGGCCUCCUUCCUGACCUUGCUGGUGCUGCUGUUUUCAUUCACCUUCACCAAGGCGUACAUGUGGCUGUACAACCAGACCUCCUUGCUGCUAAUAGCCCUCACUUUCGCCAUCACUUUAGCUCCGCAGAUACAAACUGCCACCUACGACUGGGCGGAUCAAGCCAAUGCCUCUCACAGUUCUCUGAACAAAGAGUCGUGCAUCUCCCCCGUUGGCACCUUUUCCCUCUGCAUGGAGGUCCUGUUGUUAGUAUACAGUGUCCUCCAUGUCCGUCUGUAUGCCUCGGUGAUGCUAGGUCUCCUGUAUUCCAUCUUAUUUGAGGCUUUAGGGUGGCUGCCUUUGCUUCAGAGGAGUUAUGACGCUACUGGACAGGUGUCGGGUUUGCAGAACACGCUCCUCUGGCUUGGCCCGGCCAAGGGUCUGCUCCACUUAUGCGCGCACGUCAUCGGCAUCCACCUCUUCAUCAUGUCCGAGGUGCGUUCCCGCAGCACGUUUCUUAAAGUGGGCCAAGCCAUAAUGCACGGCAAAGACCUGGAGGUGGAGAAGGCCUUGAAGGAGCGGAUGAUCCACUCGGUCAUGCCGAGACGAGUUGCGGAUGAGCUGAUGAAGCAGGGCGACGACGAGGGCGGCGGCGAGAAUUCCGGCAAGAGAUAUUCCUCCGGCGCCUGCUCCGCCUCGGCCGUGGUGGUGGGCGGCGGAGGGAGCGGAGGCGCUCUGCAAAGCCAAAGCGUAAUAAGUUCCAAGAACAACCCUCAUAGCCAUCACAGACGCAAAAAGACCUCGAUACCACGAGGACAGAUCAUAUUCAGACCUUUCAACAUGAAACGCAUGGAGCCGGUCAGCAUCCUCUUCGCCGAUAUAGUGGGCUUCACGAAAAUGUCCGCCAACAAGAAGGCGCCGGCCCUGGUGGGUCUCCUUAACGACCUGUUCGGACGUUUUGACAGACUCUGCGAACUGACUUGCUGUGAGAAGAUCAGCACCCUGGGAGACUGCUACUACUGUGUCGCGGGGUGCCCUGAGCCCAGGCCAGAUCACGCUUACUGCUGUGUGGAGAUGGGACUAGGCAUGAUCCAGGCCAUCGAGCAGUUCUGCCAGGAGACGUGCGAGACCGUCAACAUGCGCGUCGGCGUCCACACCGGCACCGUGCUGUGCGGGAUCCUGGGGAUGAAAAGGUUCAAGUUCGACGUGUGGUCAAACGACGUCAAUCUGGCAAACCUGAUGGAGCAGCUGGGCGUGGCGGGGAAGGUUCAUCUGUCCGAAGCCACCGCCCAGUUCCUGGACGACCGCUACCAGCGCGAGGAUGGGCAAGUGGCCGAGAGAGCAGGGCAGAGCGCCAUUGAGAAACUAAAAGGAAUGAAAACCUACCUGAUCUCAGGAAGGAAGCUGGAUCACGACGUGCAGUGUGGCUGCUCUCAGGCGGGGCUGCCGGGUGGGGAAUUUGUGGGGGUCAAUGUGCCCUCCUGCCCUCAGCCUCGUACGCCGGACCUCAUCCACGGAGCGGCGCAGGUCGCGGAGUCCUUGCUGCCUCAUAAACCGUUGGACAGGACUGUGCCUCCCUGUGUUUUCCAUGGCCCGGUGCGCUCCUCCGCGGCAGAGCAGGGCGACGAUGUGGCUGUUCUGAACGGCUACCAAGAGGAACACAAGGCCGCCAGUGCCAAGUUCCUCCCAGGCCACAGCCCGCGAGCGGCCAACGGUCUCCUGAGCCCCCCGCUGGAGGACGCUGUGCGCGCCAGCCAGAGCUCCCUGAGCGACAUCCUCCAGGAGAAAGAAAAGAAGACCAGCACCAGCACAGGGACCGGGACCAGCCUCGGCAUGGCGGCCACGGUGGCGGCGGCGGCGGGCACCGGCAUGGACCACUCUGCCCUCAUCCAGCUGCGUGCCAAGAACUUCAAACAGAAGAGCGACGCCCACUUUGUGGAGGUUAUCAGGGAGGACAGUCUGAUGAAGGACUACUUUUUCAAGCCGCCCAUCAACAAGAUCAGCCUGAACUUUCUGGAGAGACCUCUGGAGAAGGCGUAUCGCAGCAGCUACAAAGAAGAGGUGAAGAACCGGGUUCCGGUGCGAACGUUUGCCAGCCCCACUUUCAGCUCCUUCCUGGAUGUUCUCCUCAGCUGCUUCGUCUUUCUGGCCUUGACCGUGGCCUGCUUCCUUCCGUCUCUGGUCGACCCGGGUACGGCGGGCUCCCCGGCCCUCGCCGCCCUGAUCCUGGCUCCUCUGGCGGGUUUGUUGGAGCUGGCCUCGCUGGUGUUCUCCGUACGCAUGACCUUCUACCUGGAAGAGCUAACGGGCUGUACUCGCUCGCUGGCCCUGCUGGUCUCUGGUUGGGUGUCUCGUCAUCUGAUCGGCGCCGUGCUGGUCUCCCUUCCUGCCGUCUCUGUCUUGUCCCACGUCAGCGUCCACCUUCCUCUCCAGGUGAAAAUGUUCCUGUCCUGUGCCACCAUCUUGGCCAUAAUUCAGUACUGUAACUUCUGCCAGCUGAGUUUCUGGAUGAGAUCCGUGUUCGCCACGACUACCGGACUUUGCCUUCUGCUGAUGCUCUACAGUCCUGUUCACAGCUCAAGUAAUCACGCCGUGCCAGUUCAUGGGGGCAACAUCUCCAUGUCCGGUGAUGGUGUUUCAGCGUCCGACCUGGACUCUCAUCCAAGACUCGCCGAGGCUAUCCUAGCCUUUUUCUUGCUUCUACUUCUCGUUUGGUUCCUCAAUCGGGAAUCGGAAGUCAGCUAUCGCCUUCAUUACCAUGGCAAUGUGGAGGCUGACAAACACCGCUCCAAGAUCCAGAUGAUGAGAGACCAGGCUGAGUGGUUACUGGGCAACAUCAUCCCCAUCCAUGUCGCCGACCAGCUCAAGGAGACCCAGAGCUAUUCCAAGAACCACGACAGUGUGGGGGUGAUAUUCGCCAGCAUCGUUAACUUCAGUGAGUUCUACGAAGAGAGCUACGAGGGGGGAAAGGAGUGCUAUCGCGUCCUGAACGAGCUGAUCGGAGACUUCGACGAGCUCCUCCGGAAGCCCGAGUUCAGGAGUGUGGAAAAGAUCAAGACGAUCGGCUCCACCUACAUGGCCGCGUCGGGGCUCAACGUCCAGCAGAUGGCAGAGGACGAAGACGAGUCUCCCCAUGCCCACCUGAAGGCGCUGUUCAACUUCGCCCUGGAGAUGAUGGGCGUCCUGGACGAUUUCAACAAGAACAUGCUGGGCUUUGGCUUCAAGCUGCGCAUCGGGUUCAACCACGGGCCGCUGACGGCGGGCGUCAUCGGCACGACCAAGCUGCUCUAUGACAUCUGGGGGGACACGGUCAACAUAGCCAGCCGCAUGGACUCCACCGGCGUGGAGUGCCGGGUGCAGGUGAGCGAGGAAAGCCACGCCGCCCUCAGCGCCAUGGGUUUGGAGUUUGACUACAGGGGGACGGUCAACGUCAAGGGCAAAGGCCAGAUGAGGACCUUUCUCUACCCCAAAAGCGGGGAGAGCUUUUGUCAGGACCGAACAGAGCUGGCAGCUGCAGCUGGACCCUCGAUAUUAACUUCCAAUAAGACUUUAGCAGCCGCUGCGUCUGCUUCCUCCUCUCUUUCCAAUCAGUCCCCCCGACCCCAAAGCACUGUGAGCGCUCCAGGCGCGAAGCCCGAGCACGACCCCGCUAAGAGCACGCAGGAGAGGGAUGAAGGAUACAGGGACUCAGCACAUAUCCCCGAGGAGUCCCCCGACAGACACUUCAGCGCCCUUCCCCGCUCUGAGCCGGGCCCAGCUGCACAGGCGUCCUCUAAGACGGACCCUGCUCCUCUCGCGCUUCAGGAGGAGGAAGAGAAGGACGAGGCAAACGAGCUCACAAAACUCAACGAGGAGUUUUACGCUCGUCUCUGAUUCUAGAUCCCGCUCUUCUUCUGCUUCCACCCGGGCCGCUGCCUCUUCAGGACUGAACGCAAACGUGGACGAGGACAUUUCUUCCUUUUCUGCCUUUGGCGUGGAAGAAGCAGCGGAUUUGUUUCAACACACACCACAGCUUUGGCGGCUUGAAAAGUGGGGGGGGGGGGGGCUGCUGAAGAUUUUGUCUGAGAGCCAAACCUGUGUUGAGCACAGCUGUUUAUCAAAAUGACAAAAAAGGGUUAAAUGGGGGGACAAUUUUUAAGGUGUUGUUAAUGUCUUUUCUUAAUAUUUUUUAUUAAGUGCCUUCAGGACUAGAACAGUGAACGAUCAAAAAUAAAUAAAAUGCGAACAAGAUUUAACAUCCUAAACUAUAGAACGUGCUGUAGUUUCUUUCUUUGUGCUUUGAUUUUUAAAUGCAAGUAUUUUUUUUUUUUUUAUAAAUCAUUACCGUUGUGCCAUAUCACUCUCUAAGGGAAAAUCAUUUUAGUUUUUAUGUAAGUGCCAAUGCCGUAUUAUGGGCUUUGAGGGAAAUUGCAGGAAAAUUGAGGGAAUUACACGAAGCAGUGUUAAUAUUAUGCAUUCUGCUUUGACACCAAGGGCCUAAAUACAGUAUUCAUUUACGCCCAGAGAUUGACUUAUAAGGGGAUAUGCUGCAAAGCAGGCUGCUUCGAUUUUUUUGCUUGUUUAGCAACUUGAUGAAUAUUUUAAGCACAGCUCUUGCACAGUGUUCUUGUUUUAUUUUUUACCACUUGUAUUUAGCAUUUUUUUUACAGCUUGACUGCUUCUAAGAAAUGUUAGAAAAAGACCCUACAGUAAAAAGCACAAGAUGUUGACACAUAAGGGAAUACAGAUCCGAGUUAGACGUGUUUCUGAAGUAGUAAUGCCGUCAGUUAAGCGGGUAGGCGCUUCAAACUUCAGUGCCUUGCAAAAGUUUUCCUGCAACUUGAACUUUUUUUUUUUUUGCAUUUUGUCAUGUUCCAACCCCAAACUUUGAUGUAUGUUAUUGAGAUUUUAUGUGACUGACCAACAAAAUGUGACUGGAAAAUCAGUGGUAGGGAAUUUGAGGGGAAAUGACUUAUAGUUUGUUCAUUUCUUUCUACAAAGAAAUGUCUGAAAAUGAUUGUGUGCGUUUGUAGUCUGCUCCUCCAAGUUGAUCCCUUGUACAACUACAUUUUGCUAAAAUAACAGCCGCAAAGUCUUUUAGGGGCAAGUCUCUACUGACAAUAUACAUCUAGAGACUGAAAUAUUUUGUCUUUUCCUCUUUGCAAAAUGACUUAAGCUCACUUGGAAACAAUAGAGAGGCCAUCAUAAACUCUUGCCAAUGGGUUCUCAGUCAGAUUUGGUUCUGCACUUUAUCUAGGCCAUUCGGACAUUAACUGACUUUGGCUCAUGCAGUUCCCUUUGUAGCUCUGGGACGAUGUUUUGAAAAAUUGACCUUUUUCAGCCCUUCACAGGUUUUCUUCCAGGAUUGCAACAAGCUUUCCUGUGCAUGCUGAGGAAAGACAUUCCCUCUGCAUUGCUCUGCUGCCUAUACGUUUCCACCAGUGUUGUAGUACUCGAGUCCGAGUCAUUAGCUAAAUUUAGAGACUCGUGACUUGACUUGGACUU